GGGCCUGGUGGAUUGUGAGUCAGUGCCACAGAAGCCACUCCCUCCCUCCCCUUGCUGACUCCUUAUCUUCAAGACCCUGGUUGGGGGAAGGGGGGCACACACACACCUUCCACCACCAACAUCUCUCUACUGCCCAGAGCUACACAUUUUAUACUAAAGUCCUUGAAAGCCUUGAGGACAGCCUUGCCUUGGACUUUUCAGUCUCCAGCUUAUUUUCCUUUCAUCACAGGGAGGAAGCGCCCCUCAACACCUUGAUGAUGAUCCAGUUGAUAGCCACACCUUCAAAUGCCCUUGUGGAUGAGCCUGUGUCCAUUCGAGCAACAGGCCUGCCUCCAUCGCAGAUAGUGACCAUCAAGGCAACAGUGAAAGAUGAAAAUGACAAUGUGUUCCAAUCCCAAGCCUUCUACAAGACUAACGAGGCUGGUGAGGUGGACCUGGAGAAGACACCGGCUUUGGGGGGUGACUAUGUAGGGGUCCACCCAAUGGGCCUCUUUUUCUCUCUGAAACCCAAGAAGGCUUUCCAUAGGCUGAUGAAGAAAGAUGUGAUGAACAGCCCCCUUUGCAUCUGUUUGGACCUGUACGACUCUGUUAACUGGCUAGAAACAGUCAGGAUUCCAUCCAAGGCCAGCCAGAGAGUGCAGCGCUGGUUUGUUGGCCCUGGGGUUAAGCGGGAACAGAUUCAAGAAGGUCGGGUUCGGGGAGCCCUUUUUCUCCCUCCAGGGAAAGGUCCUUUCCCAGGAAUUAUUGAUUUGUUUGGUCUCAUUGGGGGUCUAGUUGAAUUUCGUGCAAGUCUUUUGGCAUCCCACGGCUUUGCUGUGCUGGCAUUGGCAUAUUUUGCCUAUGAAGACCUGCCUGAGAAACCACAAGAGGUGGACUUGGAGUAUUUUGAAGAAGCUGCUAACUUCCUACUAUCUCACCCCAAGAUCCAACAGCCAGGAAUUGGUGUGAUCUCCACGAGCAAAGGAGCAGAGAUUGGGCUAGCUAUGGCCUGUUACCUGAAGCAGGCUUUAGCUGCCUGUACUCUACUGCUGCUGCUGUUCUUCGUGAUCGUCUCAUGGUACUGGCAUCUCCAAAAAACUGCAUGACAUCUUCAAUCUUGGGCCAUCAAUUACAACUGAGGCUGCCCCUUCACCAAUGGCCUCCAUCACCUCUCAUAGUGCCAAGCCUCAGCCACUCUUCAUGACCCCUUCAUGCCUUCAGCCACCUGGGUGACUCUUACAAAUUACCAAGUCCUGCUGCAGCAUGAAGUAAAACCUUGGUUAUCUCUGGAACACAGCUUCUGUGCUCUCUGAAAACACUUCCCAGAAGACUUUCACCUCAGUGAUGCUGGUCUUUUCUUAAUCACAGCUAAUUUCUUAGCUCCAGCUAACCAGCAUCAAUAGUCCCAGUAAUGCAAGGUUUUCACUUUAGUAGUUCUGGUAUCGUGUUAAUCACGGCCAAUUCUUCAGCCCCAGCUAACCAGAACCACAAAAUCUUCACAAUCAAAAUAGCAAUGGCCCUGAAAAGAGUCUUUAAUCUUCCCUCUGAAAUUUCACAAGCCAGGCCUCCAUCUUCUGCACUGUUCUCAACAUUAUCUUCCAAGCUCCUAUACAACAUCUCACAGAGCCCUUAACACCGAAUGGAUCUUCUAGCCAAAAGUUCCAAAGUCCUUCCACAGUCCUCCCAAAACAUGGCCACAUUGUCACAGGAAUGCCCUACUAUGCUGGUACCAAUUUGUCUUAGUCAGGGUAUCUAUUCCUGGACAAAACAUCAUGACUAAGAAGCAGUUGCGGAGGAAGGGGUUUAUUCAUCUUACAAUUUCCACAUUGCUGUUUAUCACCAAAGGAUGUCAGGACUGAAACUCAAGCAAGCCAGUAAGUAACAUCCCUCCGUGGCCUCUGCAUCAGCUCCUGCUUCCUGACCUGCAAUUGUACAAAGGGCAUCUCACAUUUUCAGGUUUUGUCCUGCCUUCCAAUCUCUUGACAAAUUCAAGGGGCUACAAUAAAAUAUACAGUGGGUCUUGGAUUCUUCAUUAAGACAUGUUUUAAGAAGUUUUGUAGACACACUCUAAACAGAAUGAAUAAAUAACACCCACACACUGCAA